AUGGAGUCUCAGAUCCGCCAGAACUAUCACCACGAUUGUGAAGCUGCAAUCAACCGGAUGAUCAACAUGGAGAUGUUCGCCUCCUACACCUACACUUCAAUGGCUUUCUAUUUCUCCCGUGACGAUGUGGCUCUGUCUGGCUUCGCGCAUUUCUUCAAGGAGAACAGCGACGAGGAGCGCGAGCACGCCGACAAGCUACUYUCUUUCCAGAACAAGAGAGGUGGACGCAUUUUACUCCAGGACAUCAAGAAGCCAGAUCGUGAUGAGUGGGGCAAUGGGCUGGAGGCCAUGCAGUGUGCUCUGCAGCUGGAGAAGAAUGUGAACCAGGCCCUGCUGGACCUGCACAAGAUUGCCUCUGACAAGGUUGACCCCCAUCUGUGUGACUUCCUGGAGACCCAUUACCUGAAUGAGCAGGUGGAGGCCAUUAAGAAGCUGGGAGACCACAUCACCAACCUCACCAAGAUGGAUGCUGUCAAAAACAAGAUGGCAGAGUACCUCUUUGACAAGCACACCCUGGGAGGCCAGAGUUAAACCACUUCCACCCCAGGCUACAGCCUUCAGCCUCAGAUCAGGACUCCUGCAUUCUCUGAUAGAUCCUACUGGCUUUGCAUUUAUAGGGAGGGGAGAGUGUUGAACUGGUGCAGUGCACAGCUGUAACAUUGAGGUGUUUUUGUUGACAACACUACUGUAUUUGAGUCRAGGCAUCUUGUAAAACAAUAAAAAAUAUCACUAAAGUUUCUAUUCUAA